CACCUAAAUAUGAAGAUUUUGUGAAUUCUGCCUUGGCUCCUGCUCAUGUGCAACACAAGCUGACAGGUUAAAUCCAGCAUCUAUGGGGAUAACAGUAGGUUAAAAUGUAACAAAACAUGUACCCAUUAAAGCGAAGCAUCAUGGGUAUACCCAACAGUCUGGUUCCUUUGACGCAGCUCUGUUUAUUUAAGCCGCCACUCCUCUCACUCCCACCAACAUGGUCCCAUGUAAGGGGUUUUCUCCAUCCGUAUGUGCCGUGUACUAUGCUGCCGUUCCCAUAGCAACAGCAGCCGCUGCAGCAGCAGCAGCAGCAGCAGACAGAGCAGGAAGUGUGCAUCUGUUUUGUGUGUGAGACGGGAAGGGAGCAUGUUGGUGCUGAGAUGGGAGAAGAAGCAGAGGCUACAGGAGGAACGCACGAUACGAGGCUCGUUGAAAGGCACACCUGUGGAGCGUAGACGGCACCGUGCUUGUGUGUGCAUGCCUGCAUGUCCCUGAAUACGUGUGGGUGUGUGCGUGCCUGGUGCGUACGCAAUGGAGGGUCGCCUGUUUCACGUCUACAGCCACGUGUACAGUUUCAACAACCUGAACACGGAGAACAUGACGGUGAUUCUGGUGCAGGUGAACCCAGGGGAGACGUUUACCAUCCGAGCGGAGGACGGCUCGCUGCAAUGCAUUCAGGGUCCUGCUGAGGUUCCCAUGAUGUCCCCGAAUGGGUCAAUCCCCCCGAUACACGUACCCCCAGGUUACAUCUCACAGGUGCUGGAGGAUACCACAGGGGUUCGCCGAGUGGUGGUGACCCCCCAGUCCCCAGAGUGCUACCCUCCCUCUUACUCUCCAGCUCUGUCCCCCACGCACCACCUCCCCCCAUACCUGGCUCACCCCCACUUCAUUCCCAACUCUCACUCUUUCUAUCCCCCCGUCAGCCCGGGCGAGCUGCCGCCUCAUCAGUACUACCAGCACCACCUUCCCCCGAUGUACGGCGAUCCAGUGUCUUCUCUCCUUUCAGAAAUCAUCCCAGUUUAUGGGAUGUCCAACUACAUCAGCAGAGAAGAGACGUACACUAAGCCACAGCCUAAAAAGAUAAAGGAACAGAGACUAGAGCGACAGAACCGACUCAAUUCUCCUCCUUCUACUCUCUAUAAGGGCAGUCUUGGGCCAGCACACAACGGAUACAGUAACAAAUCACACGCCCCAUCGCUUGGGUCAGCGGGGUCAGGGGGCGGAGCCAGCAGUCCAGGGGGCAAGAAGCCAGAAAGACGACACCGCUGCAGUCCACGAAACAGUGAGCCAGAGACGCACACACAAGAUCAUGAUUCAGAGGGGAAACGUGUUCAAGACAUGCUGUCUACAAUCGACAAACCACAGGUGUCUAACAUCCAGGCGCGGGCUGCUCGGCUGUCCUGGGGCCUUCCAGGUGGGCUGGUAAACAGGCACAGUAACGGGAUGCCCGUCUCCUGCUCCUACGAGGUUUCUCUCUCAGACAAAGGAAAGGACGGAAAAUAUCGCCUUAUAUACAGCGGAGAAGAGUUGGAAUAUCAUCUGAAAGACCUAAGGCCAGCGACAGACUACCACGUACGGGUUUCAGCGUUGUACAACUCGGUUCGAGGCUCGUGUUCAGAGGCCGGCUCGUUCACCACACACUGCAGCGUCCCUGAUGUCCCGCUACCCCCGAAGCUCUCUCACCGCACAAAGACCAGCCUCAGUCUACAGUGGAAGCCUCCAGGCGACAACGGAUCCAAGAUCACAAACUACCUGCUCGAGUGGGAUGAGGGAAAGAAGAACAGUGUUUUCAGAGACUGUUACUUUGGGAACCAGAGACACUGUAAGCUGACACGGCUGCAGCCCGCCUGUGGCUACACGUUCAGACUGGCUGCAAAUAACGACAUCGGCACAAGUGGCUUCAGUACAGAGGUGGUGUUCUACACCACGGGCACGCAGCCCCCUCUGCCCCUCGCGCCGCGGCUGGUCAGGGCGGGGGUGUCCUGGGUGAACCUGGAGUGGGUGCGUCCCGAGGGCAGCUCCACCGAGGAGCAGCUCAAAUACACACUCGAGAUCCAGGAGGACAACAGCGGAACAGAUUUUUAUCCAAAGUACACUGGAGAAAACUUGACCUGUACUGUACAAGGCCUGAAGAGAAGCACACAGUAUAAAUUCAGGUUGUUGCUGAUUGCGUCAAACGUGGAAGGAAAAAGCAGCCCCAGUGAAGUGUUGGUUUGCACCACCAAUCCAGACAAGCCCGGCCCUCCGUCGACACCCAGGGUCACCGGAGUGACGCCUCAUGGCUUCACCGUCACAUGGGAUCCACCCCUGGACAACGGGGGCUCAGAGGCCCUCACUUACCUCCUCGAGAUUUCUGAAGGAUGCUCCGAAGCGAGCCAGUGGGAGGUGGCGUACAGCGGCCCCGCGACAGAAUGCGUGUGUGAGCGGCUGACACCGGGAACCGUUUACUGCCUACGUGUAUGUAGCAUCACCACGGGAGGACACAGCCCGUGCACUGUUUGUGUUCCGGUCCGUACAUCAAGUGUCCCACCAGGACCCUGUCAGCCGCCGCGGAUCGUUGGGAAAGCCAAACACAAGGAGGUCCAGUUAGAAUGGGAUUCCCCUGCCUGUGAGGGAGUGUGUGAAGAGUGUGUGUACAGCCUGGAGAUGAGUGAGGGAGAAGCGAAGCCAGCAGAAGUGUACCACGGCCCGGAGCUGCAGUGCACGGUUGCUAGUUUGCUUCCUGGUGCGACGUACAGCUUCCGGCUAAGGGCAACCAACGAGGCCGGGUUUGGGCCAUAUUCUGAGCCGACAGAGGUGACGACCGCAGCUGGACCUCCUGGCCAGUGUGGGGCGCCGCUCAUCACGCUCACAAGUAACACCUGCGUGACGCUCAACUGGGAGAGCCCCGAGGGCUCGGGGACGGACAUCUCGGAGUAUCGACUGGAGUGGGCGAAGGAGGACGAACCCUGGGAGCUCAUUUACUGUGGCUCCGCCACACAGUGCGAACUGUCAGACCUGACGCCCGCUACGGAUUACUGCUGCAGGCUACAGGCGGUGAACCAGGCUGGCGCAGGUCCAUACAGCGAGAGGGCGACUCUCCGGACCCCGGCGACGCAUCCCGACCAGGUCUCCACCCUCACUCUCCUGGACCUCCCGACAUCCUCCGAGGCGGGUUGCUCCUCAUCCACUUGCCUCCUCCUGAAGUGGGAGACGCCAAGCAGCAACGGUUCGGAGAUCUCCUCCUACAUCAUCUCUGUCGACGACCAAACCGUCACCGUGGAAUCGGGGACGAGUCACCUCGUCACGGGCCUGCAGCCAGACACCGAGUACAGUCUGCAGAUUCAAGCGGUGAACGCCAUCGGCUUGGGUCCUCUGAGUCCGUUGCUGGUAGCGAGGACCCGUCCCCUUCCUCCGGCCCCGCCCCCACUCGAAUGCUCCGCCGCGGGCCCUCAGAGCCUGAAGCUCAAGUGGGGCGAGAAUGCCGGACACGCACGCGCCCUGCUCUCUGAAGACGUGGUCUACACACUACAAAUGGAAGACAAGAACCACAGGUUUGUGACAAUCUACCACGGUCCCAGCCACACCUACAAAGUCCAACGGCUGAUUGAGUCCAGCAGCUACAGCUUCAGAAUACAGGCCCUCAGCGACGCCGGGGAGGGUCCUUUCUCCGACACGUAUACUUUCUGCACCACCAAGUCUCUACCCCCCGCCAUCAAGGCCCCCAGGAUUCACCAGCUGGAGGGGAACGUAUGCGAGGUGACAUGGGAGACUGUCCCACCAAUGAGAGGAGACCCUGUGAGCUACGUCCUCCAGAUGCUGGCGGGGCGCGAGUCUGAAUACAAACAGAUUUUUAAGGGAGACGAAGGUUCGUUCCAAGUUUCCAGUCUUCAGGCAAACACAGACUAUCGUUUCCGCGUCGGCGCCUGCCGCCAGUGCCGGGACUCGCACCAGGAGCUGUGCGGGCCGCUGAGCCCCUCCUCCCUGUUCACGCUGCGCCGCCAGGAGUCGGCGUCGUCAGGAGACCACGGCGCUUUGGAAACGGGCAAGGGGGCGGGCCUGAUCUCGAGCGACGAGCGCUUCGCGGCGCUGAUCGUGUGCAUGUUCGCUGGCCUGUCCAUCCUCAUCGCCUGCCUGCUACAGUACUUCUUCAUGAAGUGAGGGAAUUUUUUUUUUUUUAACUAUAGGAUAGAAAGCGAAAUCAAAACAGUAAAUCACAGAAAUGAACUUUUUACAAAUGUCUAUGAAAGAACAGAAUGAAAUCAAAAACACUUGAGAUGUACUUUUAAGGCUAUGUAUGUCGAUUUUUUUUUUUUAAACAAUUUUUUUUUGUAGUCAAAGUAUUGAUUCAGGCUUCUCUAUUUUUCCUCUCCCUUUACCCGGUUCAGUGUCUUUUUUUUUUUUUUUUUUUCUACACCGCUGUCACCUUUGUCUCUUUUGUUAAGCAUUUCUGUUGAGGGAAGCUUCAUCUUGGCUGUACCUCAGUUGGGAAAGAAAACUGAUAAUCAAGCCUUAAAAUAAGUGUGAGCGAAACACUUCCUCCUCAUACUGACUUGCAUGUUUUAGUUUUUUUUUUUUGUUUUUUGUUUUUUUCAUUUUAUAUGUCUACAUAUUCAGUAGAAAACAUAUAUAGUUCUCUGCCGUCAUUGCCUUACUUUUUGUUCGCUGCUGCGGUCUGUAUUCAUUCAGCCAUAUUCAGAUGUAGGCCUUUAAAGCUUUUAGCUUUUCCUACUUAUUCACUUUGUUCCUUCUCCGCAGGCUGUCGGUCAGGACAAAACAAUCGCCUGACCAAAACACAAACACUUGCACAUGCGAACCUCUGUACAUAACCAUGCACGCGUACGAAACUACACAUUUGCAAGGACAAUGAGGAAAAAAAAAUUUGUUUCAGUUUUUAAGACGGUCGUAUCUGCUCAGCUUUUGCCACUCGCACAUUCAGCUACCAAAGUGAUGCAAUCCGUUUGUGGUGUAAGAUGCUGCUAUCCUGUGAUUUCAUAGUAUCUGAGAGAAAAGAAUGGAAAAACGUGUAUUUUAGCGUGAAAAAUGAUGGCAAAGUAAGGUUGAAACGUAAAAGGGUGGGGGGUGGGACGGAGUGAACUAGGUGCUCAAAAGUAGAAGCUCUGAGGUCAGUUUUAGCAAUUUGCGCUAAAAGGGAUAGUUCAGAAUGUUUAAAGUUGGGUUCUGUUAAAAUUUUUAGGCAGUUCGUGUUUUCCUUACAGCAGACGAGUGUCUUGGCGUUUUCCAUGUAGCAUGAAUCCGGAUUAGUUGGUAUCCGAGGCAGAAGCUAAUGACUAGUCUAGGAGGGGCCGAGACUGAAGCGGACCUCUGCCGUUUUCAAAGCAACUCCGGUCUGGAAAACCUAAAAGAGAUUUAUUUGAAUGCUUUUCAAAUGGCUCAAAUGAAACAAGACGAUAUAUCCUUUUGAAAAGCUAAGAAUCCAGUUUCUUUGUUUUGACAAACUGAAGUCCUGACACACUGCACGCUGUGUUUUAAGGAAUCUUUGACCAGAGCAAAAUAGUUUGUUCAGGAAGAUGGUCAAUGGCGCACUGCCUCCAAACUUAUUUUCCUCUGCAAAAUUCAUUGCAUCUGUGUAAAGUUUAUCUCAAGUUUAAAGGUUAAUGGCUCAUGUUCCCAUCAAACACAUGAGUUUUUGUUUUUAGACCGGAGUCGUUUUAAGACAUAGAAAUUCACUCCAGUCUAUCCUUUGUUGGGUUAGCUGUUAGCACCCGCUUCCGGGACCACCUAACGCCGAGUUCAUGCUAAAUCUACGUGCCAAGAGACUUCAAGUAAGGUAUUAACUGCUUCUAAUCUUUGGACAGGACCUCAGCAUUCCUUUAAAUACCACUCUUAGGUCAGAAUCUGGACCUUGCGUCGGGCAUUUGUCGACUCCAGGAAAACGGGCUGGGAUCGCAAUCGCCUGUUGCUUUUCUUAGGAAGGAGUUGGCCCAGCACAUGUUUGAUCAUUUGUAAGACCCUAGGGGGGGUUCUGCCUUCUCAGAUGUUAUAACUUCAACCUCUCUAUCUGGGGGUGCUAGCAGCCUGUUGGUGCCCUUCUCUACGAUCCGCGUUUGCAAACUGGGAAAAGCCAUUAGAAGUUAGCUUGCGCUUUGGUCUCCAGACAUUUAGCACAAACGCUGAAGCUGUUCCUCCUCGUAGCGCAUUCUGUGAAUCAACACAUUUAAAGACUCUUCCCCUCUCCUGAAUAUUUGUACUUAAUCUCCCUUUUUUUCUUCUUUUUGUUCCCUUUGGCUCUCGCCUGCUUUCGAUCCAUCCCGUCUCUCUGCUUCCUCACAUCUCUUACUCUUUCUCUAUUAAAAGGUGCUUUAUUGACAUGUAAUCAGAGCGGACAUGACCUCUGAGGACUUGAACUAAUCUUCACUAACCAAACAAAGCCUUGGACAGGACACAGCUCAACAGAACAGGGCAUUGUGACAUAUGAAACAACCCCCCCCCUCCCCCCCUGACCUCCGUGUCCCGCCUCAUGUCUGCUCCUCCCAGCAAAUCUUUUACAUCAAAGCCAAGGUACAAACCGUGUUUUAUCUUCUGUAGUCCAAAGAAGUCACCCCGAUCUGCGUUACUAAUGUGAGACAUGCCUACUUCAGCUGGGUUGGGGCUUGGUGGCGAGACCGGACGGGAGGCAGAGGUCUUGAUUUAGCGCCGAGUGGCAGCCUGUGACGUACCUCAGGGAUAAGACCUUACAGAGGGGGAGCUCUAAUCCCGUCGUCCCCAUAGCUGUCGUCACCAUCAUCAUAUUGACCAUCCUUUUUUCCCCGCCUUCCUCCUUCUUCUUCCCUCUUGACGCUGCAUCUCGCCCUCUGUCCUCGCUGUGCCUUGCUUCGUAUGUGUCGGUAAGCAAAGCGUUUUACUAGCUCAGAAAAAAAAAAAAAAACAAAAAGAAAAAAAAAAUCU